CGAUAUUUGCAGGAAUUCGUAUUGUUAGGUUUUCGUAUGAUACGCAACCAAUUAUACACACAAUACAAAUGUUGUUUGUUGGAAAAAAUCGCUGAAAACAACAAAAUAGGAGCUGACACAGCUCUGCAAUUGACGUUCGGCAACCCGUUCGUGAGCUCGUUUCUGUGUGUCUGUGCCAGAGAAUGAUCGUAUCUCCUGGUCGGUGUGGUCUUCACUCAGUGUAAGUGCUGUAUUCGGUGUCCGCGAUCCACAAACAGUAAUCGUUAAAACGCGACUCACAAAUUAAUCUCUGAAAUUAAUUCUGACUGUUAUUCUUAUAAAUUUGGCGUGUAUGCAUUGCUGUUUGCUCACUCUCAUCAAGUUUUAAAAUUGCCAAUAACCAAACAACAUUCUUGCAAAUUCCGACCCUCUUCAGAACGUCUCGCUGCUUGAGAAACAAGCAGUCGUAGUGGAAGACGAUGAGGAGGAGGUGAAGAGGAAACCCAGAACGCGGGACACUGAACUGAACCACAAAGAACAAAAACAAAACAACGGCGAGAGUACGACCUGCGUCGAGACUACAUUGAUUGCUGAUUGAGGUAGUAAUCGAGGUCGAGAAGAACAAAAACAAUCCUCGGAGGUAAAUAAUUCAGCAACAGACUGUGUGGGCGAAGAUCGCACCGAAAAACCCUGAGCAGCGUCGCGUCUCGUUUAUCGUUUUCGUUUUUGGAUGAUUCACCACAACACCGUGCGAAGAAGUCGAAGAACUCACGGUUGGUGGUGGUGAUCAUAACAAAGAAACAAAUUUCGGCGCAGAAAACCUCGUGGAUCUCAAAACUAUGAGACGGUAGUUCAUUUCCAACUUCCAAAGCAGAAAGACAUUCAUUGAGCUGGUGAUCAAAAUGACUUCUAGAAGUAAAUCAGCCAGCAGCAAUAAGAAUGAUGAUCAUUCUGUUGAAACCUUGGCAGAGGUGUUCCGAUGUUUCAUCUGCAUGGAAAAACUGCGUGAUGCGCAUUUAUGUCCACACUGUUCGAAACUCUGCUGCUACAUUUGCAUUCGGCGAUGGCUGACUGAACAGCGCUCGCAAUGUCCACAUUGUCGUGCAUCUCUGCACCUUCACGAGUUGGUGAACUGCCGCUGGGUGGAAGAAGUCACGCAGCAACUGGAUUGUCUUCAGGCGGUGUCACACCUCACUUCAGCACGUAAUGAAGAAGGAGAUCGUGAUAAAUGUAUGACACACUUUGAAAAACUCUCAGUGUAUUGCUGGACAUGUCGCUGUUGUAUCUGCCACCAAUGCGCACUUUGGGGCGGUACGCAUUCCGGCCACACAUUUAAACCGCUUGAAGAAGUCUAUGAGCAACACAUCACACAGAUUAAAGAUGAGGUGGCUCAACUACGUCGCCGACUUAUGGAAUUGAUCAGUAUUGUGCAGGAGGUGGAGCGUAACGUGGAGUCCGUGCGCUCGGCGAAGGACGAACGCGUUCGUGAAAUACGCAACGCUGUCGAGCUGAUGAUUGCUCGCCUUGACUCGCAGCUUAAGACCAAGCUAUUGACUUUGAUGGGUCAAAAGGACUCGCUGACACAAGAGACUGAGCAGUUGGAGCAGAUGUUGCACGAGAUUGAACAUCAACUGCACACAUGCACGCGUUCGGAGCUUAUCUCCAAGAGCGGCGAUCUCAGCAGGAUGAUUCACGCCAUUCGUAAGAAGCCUAUGACCAGUUUUGUUACUGCACCAGUUCCGGCUGAUUUUCAUAGUGAAAUUGUGCCGAGCUAUGAUAGCAGUACUUUUGUGAUGCACGGCUUUUCACAACUACAACGUAAGGCAGAUCCGGUAUAUUCAACACCCCUUCACUGCAAUGGUUUGUGUUGGCGACUUAAAGUUUACCCGGAUGGUAAUGGCGUCGUGAGGGGUAAUUACUUAUCCGUGUUUUUGGAGUUGAGCGCUGGAUAUCCGGAGACUUCCAAAUACGAGUACCGGGUUGAGAUGGUACAUCAAGCAAGCCGCGAUUCCUCCAAAAAUAUCGUCCGAGAGUUUGCUUCCGACUUUGAAGUUGGAGAGUGCUGGGGCUACAAUAGGUUCUUCCGGUUGGAUCUUCUGGCAUCUGAGGGUUAUUUGAAUGUGCCAUUAGACACUCUUGUUUUGCGCUUCCAAGUACGCGCGCCUACCUUCUACCAGCGCUGUCGGGACCAGCAAUGGUAUAUCAACCAACUUCAAACUGUACAGAAUCAGUACAUAUCGCAAAUCAACGAAUCCAAAGAGCGUUUGGCCGCGGAAAUAUCCCGCAAUGCGGUGGCUGCACAAUUAGGAAAUCCCAAUCAAGAAUGUGUCGCCGGCGUUGCCGAAGCUUGUGGUAUGACUGUGGUCGGCACAUAUAAUCUUGCCAGUUUGGAACUGUGCUUGCCGACAGGCUCCUCGCAGGCGGCUCUUGGGAAGACUGCGCAUAAUAAUCCGCAUACACUGCAUACUUCUCCUAAAAGCAAUCGUACGUCGGCGACAGAUGUCGGCCAUUGCAGUACGAUGGCUCAGGAAGGCAGCACUACAAGUAUGUCUUCUGAUUCGUCGCUCCAGACGCAGGUGGUUGUUCCGGUCACACCUAUCAAGAUGACCACAAGUGAUGGCGGCGCUCAAGUCAGCGCCGAGGGGCAUGCGACACCAAGGCAACUGAUUGGACUCACCGUGUCUCUCAGCUCGCCCAAUUUACUCACCACAACUACUGCAAAUUUGACUUUAAGUUCAAGCAGUAGUGAUUCGGAUGAUCUCAGUGAGACUGAACUGGACGAAACCGAACAAUGCGACACCAAUCUGAUCAACAUCGAGGAUAGUGCCAACGAUGAAAAUGAUGUGGAUGAUGAGACCAUGUCUGGUGAAAAUGAUGUCGAAUACGUUGAGUUGUCGAUGGCGCAGGGCGUGAUGUUCAACAACGAAGCGGCUGCUAGUAAUAGACGCAACGUUCACGCCACGCCUCCACUCACGUUCAGCGAUAUUUUCCCCGAGUUUAACAACCCGUUUCAAACUACAGCGGCGGCAGACGCCGCACGUUGCGCUUUCGACGGUUUGACGCCCACACCACGUGAUUCACAAGAAUCACAUCAGCUGCCACUAAUCGAUCUAAAUAGAUUGGAUUUGCCUAUGCACAUGCCGGCGACGACUAGCGACGCAGCACCCGCGAGUAACAUUGACCGUACAAAUGGUAACGUUGGCACAAGCGGUACACCUGCAGUUCGGCUCACGCAUCGUGCGAAGAAACCACCUACGUUGAGCACCCCCGCUGCAACUAAUGUCACGUGGACCGAAACCGUGCCACUUAAUCAAGUAACCAAGGAAUCCGUGAUGGGACCACUUGAAUCAUUCCUGCGAUCGAUAAACUGCUAUCCGGAACACGAUCAGCUUAAGAAAGCGAAAACUUCUAGAGUUAAACCUCAACAGCCGGCCAGCGCCAACGCGCCCAACAUUAAACCACUCGCUGUUAUCAACAACCUGAAUAAUCCGGAACAGUUGCGCGUUUUGCGUCCGCCUGCGUUUAUUCCCGAAGGCGGUGACGAAUGGGAGGCGGGUCUUUCGACGGCACGACCCACUUUGGGACUUACAACCCAAGAUUGUCCUGUACCUUCUACGUCGUCAGCAUUCAGUUGGACGCCACCAUUUUCCUCGCUUAUGCAGCUUCCACAACGCGGAAACGCCAACAGGCCCUCCAAACUGUUCAAGCCACUGCCUUUGAAUGAUUUGAACAAACCAGAGAAAGAGCCUAGGGAUAGACAUGACGAACCUCCACAUUCAGCGUAGAGGAUAUCAACCGUUGUAUUAUUGCCUUAGAGCACAGUCGAUAGGACUUGUUUUUGUCUCCAAGAGACUUGCUAUUCCAGUGGUUUGUGUUUCGACUCGGUUUCGAUUUCCAAUUGUUACUUGUGAUUUAUCUUCGUUUGCCGAAGAAGUGUAACUAAAGCUAAGUGUUAAACCGAUACUUAAUUAAGUAAAUUAGAGUAGACGCAUUUUUUAAACUAACAACGAUGCAAUCAAUUUCUUUUAACGUUAAGAUCCCCCGAGAUUUAGUAAAAAUAAAUGCUCGUUGUAUUAAAACAA